AUGGGAAAUCAAAUGAGCUUCUUCUACAGCUGUUCCACCUUCUUCUUCUUCUUCUUUUCCAUCCCCCAACGAUUCUCUGUUUCUGAAGGAGCAUCGACAGUUCCCUUUCGCUCUCUGUAUAUAAGAGGUCUAAUCCGACGAAGUUACCCACCCCAUUCAAAUUCGGUAGACCAAACAGAUCAAACACCGACUCUCAUCCCUGUCGAGUUUCUACCUUGGCACUGUCCGACGUCAACGCGGACUCUGUCGGCGCCUCUCCGCGACGCCGCCUUCCCUCUCCUCCUUCCCUCAUCCCCAGUUGUCGAUGACGAACAUCUCUUCCCUCAGUCAUCUUCGUUGUUGUCUCCCUAUCGCUGUGGUUCUCAGUCCGUCGAGAUUCCAGAUCCAGAGCCUCCGCCGGGAAUCGAUACUGUCCACACGCUGCCAGCGCCUCGCCUUCUAUCUCUAUUCCAGAUCCGGAGCCGCCACCGAGACACGAUGGUGCCCACUCUCUUUCAUCUUCAACCUUGGUCACCGAAACUCAAGAUCGGCGCCACUCUCACUUCCUCUCGAUUCCAGAUCUGCCAGCAAAAGGGGACAACACCGCAACACCAACUCGAUCUGCAUGGCCAAUCCCUGCCUGAUUUCGUCACAAUCUCAUCGUUGAAUGGUUCGGCUUCCAUCGUGUGGGGGUUUUCGGAUAACCGGGAACAAUAA